UCAACGUCUGCCAAACUGAUCGGAACGAAAGCUUUUUCGUACAUUUUCAAACUUAAUUAAAAAUUAAAUAUUUUAGCAAAUAUGCUGAAACAGGUGAUUGGUGUUCUCUUUAUUGCUUUGUGCUUGAUGCACACUGCCUCGGCCAUCAAAUGCUACCAGUGCAAAUCCCUGACGGAUAUCAACUGCGCCAAGGAUAAGAUCGAUGCCGCCUCCAACAUCCGCGCCGUGGAUUGCGAUAGUGUGCCCAAACCGAACACCAUGGAUCAACUGCAGCCGGUGACCAGGUGCAACAAGGUGGUUACGAGCGACCGUGCUGGAACUAUUGUAUCUCGGGACUGUCACUUUGCAACCAUCGGGCAGAAGGAGAACGAGUGCACGGUGACCCACAGUCGCCAGGUGGACAGCUGCUUCACCUGCAAAGGUGACUUGUGCAACGCCUCCGGAGCGGGACGCUUUUUAGCUAUCAGUGCAACCACCAUCCUGGCGAUUUUCGCCCUUCAUAUGAGCUUGUGAGGCGAUUUCAAAACCGAACCAGGAAUUUAAAAAAUAAAUAUUGAUAACGUACCUGUAAAAAAAAUUUAAAUUGUUAAUUAAAGUCUUAAACAAAAUUAAAUAAAGGUCAGAGGUUGUUUGUAUAACAUUUUCCGAAACUGUAA